CCUGUCAACGUUGGUAGUACAACGAAGCCUUUCAUAUUCACGUGCAUAGGAACUUACAACAUGUUUUAGCAGUGCAUAAUUAUGGUCGAGGGCCUUAUUCAUUAAUUUACGGAUUGAAAAUGGGUCGAUUUGAAAGUCGUCUAGCAACAUCAACCGAUGAAUCAACCCUGUACGAUAUCCUCUAUGAGUACGUCAUCGAACAGAACUUGGGAGAAGAAUUCACGAAUUCACAACAAAAUUUUAUAAAUCAUUUCAACCUUGGGCACUUUUCGGCGCUUCUCACCGAGGUUAUAGAUGAGACAGAAUGCAAGAGAGAAGUUAUUGGAUGCGCCUUCCUUUCCUUUCCAUAUAAUUACAUUGCUGGUCGGGCAUGUUUUCUACACUGCUGUUAUGUGAAGCCAGCCUUCAGAGACCAUGGGCUCCAGCCUGAAUUGAUAAAGCUAGCCAAAAAGGUUUCUGUAGAUAAAGGAACCCGCGCCAGCGUGAUGACUGUAUGUGGGAAAGACGGUACAUUCGAAUCAGCCUUGGAAGCUGAAGGAGGGAUCAAUAUGACCACCAUGCCGUCAGGUCCUGGUGAUUUCUGGGAGAUGCAGAAUCACUCGACUAUACCAGAGUUUUCGGAUGACGAUUAUGUGAUUCGUGAAGGGACACCUGAAGACCUAGAUGACGUAUACGCUUUAUGUGAAAAGCUGAUUGAGUAUGAAAAAGUGGAGGAGUUUGUAUCGAAUACCAAAGAAGAAUUUGUAAGCGAUGGCGGAGUGGAUGAAGCCCUGUACGGAACAGUCAUUUUAGAACAUCGGCGUCGUGUUGACGACCAUGAGGACACCGUCAUCCAUGAUAUCAUCGGAUGUGUACAAUAUUCAAAGAUGUAUCAUGCAUUGAAAGGAAAUACAUAUUACCUACAAGGACUCUAUAUCGAACCAGGUCAUAAAGGAAAAGGAUUGGGUAAGGCAUUAGUCCAAGCAGCACUACAGAUUUGCAAGGAUCGCAAUGGUGACGGAUUCAUCUUCAUGAUUAUGACUGAAAACAUCGUAUCACAAUCACUCUUCAAAUCACUCAAGGGUAUUAACAUGACUCAAUCAAAACAUAACGUAACAUCAUACUUACUCAGGUAACAAGAUAUUGCAAGCACAUAUCACUGGUAGAUUAAAUUUUAAUUUCGAUCAUAGAAGGUUCAAAGAUCUCGUGUAGAUUCUUAAUCAAAAUCUAUUCCCCUUUAUCUUAAGCAGCAAGGAAUUAACGAUGAAGGUAGCUAUCAAAUCCAAAGUUUCCAUUGUUUUUGCGACAAUAAUUGGAAAUUAAGCAAAGCCAUAUAACUCUUAAACAAUAUAAAAUAAGGUUUUGCCACAAAAAGAGAGACAGAGAGAAGAGAACAAAGAAAAUAGCUACAAUAUUAUUGGGCCGAAUAAGGAACGGUUAUUUUAGCAGCAGUUGCUUGGUAAUCACCUGCCUCUGACAUUUCUAUGUUUUCUAUACUUUAUAAAUUAUAAUUAUGUGCUCAAACCCUCUACCCUUAUAUUAGGAGUCAAUUGAGUGAGCCAUUAACGACACUUCAACCGAUAGAGUUGAUUUUAUUGGCCCGUCUUUGCGGGUCCAUGAAUAAGCUUGUUUUCGGCUCAUGAUUCCACUUUUAUUUCAAACAUGGCUGCCACUCGUAAUUUACUGAGAAUGAAAGCAAAGGCAUAUUAAACUUGCUUAUUGCAAAUUAUGAAAUUCAACCACUAGUCAAAUAAGUGUGCAAAUACAGGUUUAAAACGCAGAAGCACACACGUGCAUGGAGCAAAUAAAUACGAAUGUAAGAAUAAGGGAUGAGAGUAAAAUAAAGAGAUAAGACACCUUGUGAAAGAUGAAAGAAGGAGUGUGUGACUAAUGUGCUUCUACCUCUGUUUUGCCCUUAUGAUUUGCAUACGUGAUGAAUUUUUCAAUAAUUCAUUUUGUAUUUACUUCUCCUUUUCGGGGUCUAUAUAUCAACUUUUUAAUUUACAUGUAUAUUGAUAUUUGUAUAGUGCAGCUGGAUGAUUUUCAAUCUGUACCUUAUUUUGCUAUUUUCUGUAUGUCCUUGUAUAUUAAAGAUAAUAACAAAUUGAGGAUUUUGUUUCAAAAAA